AUAGGUUCAGUGGCACCACAUCUAACACUUCUCCACUCUUUUCAAACUAAGCAAAACUUCCUUCUUUCGAGUCCAGUUCUUACUUCUCAGUCACAGUUCAUAAAAUGGCUCCAACAAUGGCAGUUUCAUCCGCUACCAAUUCCUCCUUUGAUCUAAAUGAUUUUGUCAUAAACAAAGGAAAUGGAGUGAAGGGUCUUUCUGAUCUAGGCCUAAAAAGCCUUCCUAGACAAUAUAUCCAACCUCAAGAAGCUUUGAUCAAUAUCAUCCCACAAGAUUCUAUACCUGUUAUUGAUAUGUCUAACUUUGAUAGUGACCCAGAAAUUGCAGAAUCAAUCUGUGAUGCUGCGGAGAAGUUUGGGUUCUUUCAGCUUGUUAAUCAUGAUGUUCCUGUAGAAGUUCUUGAUGGUGUUAAGGAUGCAACUCAUCGUUUCUUUGGGUUACCAGCAGAGGAGAAGAGGAAAUUCUCCAAGGAGCAUUCUUCUACCAACAAUGUUCGAUUUGGCACCAGCUUCAGUCCUGAUGCAGAGAAAGCUCUUGAAUGGAAGGAUUAUCUUAGUCUCUUUUAUGUCUCCGAGGAUGAGGCUUCUGCAUUGUGGCCUUCUGCUUGCAAGGAUGAAUGCCUGGAAUACAUGAAGAGAUCCGAAGUUCUUUGCAGAAAGCUAAUGACAGCACUAAUGGAGAGAUUGAACGUGAAGGAAAUAGACGAAACCAAAGAAUCUCUGCUAAUGGGAUCAAAGAGGAUUAAUCUUAACUACUAUCCAAAAUGUCCAAACCCUCAACUAACAAUUGGGGUUGGGCGUCACUCGGAUGUCUCCUCACUCACUUUUCUCCUCCAAGACGCAAUCGGAGGGCUUUACGUGCGAGUGAACGAAGGAAAGGGAGAAGAAGAUGGAUGGGUUCAUGUGCCGCCAGUUGAAGGAUCGCUAGUGAUAAAUGUGGGAGACGCAUUACAAAUACUGAGCAAUGGACGAUACAAGAGUGUGGAGCAUUGUGUGAUUGCCAGCGGAAGUAAGAACAGAAUUUCUAUCCCAAUUUUCGUUAAUCCAAAGCCAAGUGAUGUGAUAGGUCCAUUGCCUGAAAUUCUUGCAACCGGAGAGAAACCGAAAUAUAAGAACUUUCUCUACUCAGAUUAUGUCAAGCAUUUCUUCAGGAAGGCUCAUGAUGGCAAGAAAACUGUUGCAUUUGCUGAGAUAUGAUAUAUUAUAUUAGUUACUAGUAGUAUAUACAUACAUACCUGUUAUUUGCUGUAAUAACAGAUCAAAGUUGAGUCUUCUUGAUCAAAUAAACCUCAAAGAGGACUAGGUCAAGGAUGGUUUCUUUUGUUUAGUUUUUAGUUUCUGGCUUCAGGUUUGAUUGAGCUUCAUAAUGUACUCUGAAAAUCUAUUGUUUAAUUCAUCUUUUUCUUCUUUUGGUAUUUCA